UAGCAACUGUUGGGAGAGGUACCGUAUCGACCGGCCCCUGGCCAGGAGACCACCAACCCCGACACACAAGCAGGACCACCUCCCGACGUCGCCGAGAACGCUAGGAUCACCGCCGUUGAUGUGCACUGAGCACCACACCACUGUGUGCCCGGCUUGUGGGAAAGACUAUCUGGUCUAUGUCGAGUUCUGCAAGGACUUCCAUCCUCCAUUGCUGAGGUGUCCCAAGGGGACUGUCAUCGUCCGCCAGGCCAUGGAACAGGGAGGCUGCCCGAGCCGAAUCUGCCCAAACAGCCCGGGAGGUGGUUGUGCCUUGAUGUAGCGGGGGGGAGCAACGCGGAGCUUCAACCCAUCGGGUCCGACUUCGACAAUCUGAUCGAGACCCUCAUAUGCCGGAACAUCGAAGCCAUACUUCUUGGCAAUUGCGGGUGCGACAAACCUGGGGAUCGGUCAACGACGACUAACGGGAAGAGCGGAAGGGCGGCGACGCGGGUGGAAAUUGCUACCGACACCCGAUUUAGGAGGG